AUGUGGAAUGUUAGAGGACUGACCAACACAGAAAACAAGCUACACCAAGUACCCAAGGACAGGGAAGUAUACACUGCAACAACAGAAACUAAGAGAAAAAAAGAUCUGACGGACUGCACGUUAGCUUACAGUGGCGUCACGCAAAGAAAACGAGCUAGUGCUGGAGUGGCAAUUUCAGUCAAUGAUAAAGGGAGAGGGCAGAUUCGAGAAUUCAGCCUCAUAAAUAAUGACAGAUUCCAAAUUCCAAGAGAUCAUCUAACAGUAAAAGCUGUCUACAGCCCAGAGGAGGAAAGAAUGAUCCUGACACCUUUUACGAUGAUCCUCAGAAAAAAAAACACCACCUCUCCACUCCCAAAAAACAACGCCUCUUCUCCACUCCCAAAAAACAACGCCUCCUCUCCACUCCCAAAAAACAACUCUCCACUCAAAAAAACAACAACUCUCCACUCAAAAAAACAACAACUCUCCACUCAAAAAAACAACAACUCUCCACUCAAAAAAACAACAACUCUCCACUCAAAAAAACAACAACUCUCCACUCAAAAAAACAACAACUCUCCACUCAAAAAAACAACAACUCUCCACUCAAAAAAACAACAACUCUCCACUCAAAAAAACAACAACUCUCCACUCAAAAAAACAACAACUCUCCACUCAAAAAAACAACAACUCUCCACUCAAAAAAACAACAACUCUCCACUCAAAAAAACAACAACUCUCCACUCAAAAAAACAACAACUCUCCACUCAAAAAAACAACAACUCUCCACUCAAAAAAACAACAACUCUCCACUCAAAAAAACAACAACUCUCCACUCAAAAAAACAACAACUCUCCACUCAAAAAAACAACAACUCUCCACUCAAAAAAACAACAACUCUCCACUCAAAAAAACAACAACUCUCCACUCAAAAAAACAACAACUCUCCACUCAAAAAAACAACAACUCUCCACUCAAAAAAACAACAACUCUCCACUCAAAAAAACAACAACUCUCCACUCAAAAAAACAACAACUCUCCACUCAAAAAAACAACAACUCUCCACUCAAAAAAACAACAACUCUCCACUCAAAAAAACAACAACUCUCCACUCAAAAAAACAACAACUCUCCACUCAAAAAAACAACAACUCUCCACUCAAAAAAACAACAACUCUCCACUCAAAAAAACAACAACUCUCCACUCAAAAAAACAACAACUCUCCACUCAAAAAAACAACAACUCUCCACUCAAAAAAACAACAACUCUCCACUCAAAAAAACAACAACUCUCCACUCAAAAAAACAACAACUCUCCACUCAAAAAAACAACAACUCUCCACUCAAAAAAACAACAACUCUCCACUCAAAAAAACAACAACUCUCCACUCAAAAAAACAACAACUCUCCACUCAAAAAAACAACAACUCUCCACUCAAAAAAACAACAACUCUCCACUCAAAAAAACAACAACUCUCCACUCAAAAAAACAACAACUCUCCACUCAAAAAAACAACAACUCUCCACUCAAAAAAACAACAACUCUCCACUCAAAAAAACAACAACUCUCCACUCAAAAAAACAACAACUCUCCACUCAAAAAAACAACAACUCUCCACUCAAAAAAACAACAACUCUCCACUCAAAAAAACAACAACUCUCCACUCAAAAAAACAACAACUCUCCACUCAAAAAAACAACAACUCUCCACUCAAAAAAACAACAACUCUCCACUCAAAAAAACAACAACUCUCCACUCAAAAAAACAACAACUCUCCACUCAAAAAAACAACAACUCUCCACUCAAAAAAACAACAACAACUCUCCACUCAAAAAAACAACAACAACUCUCCACUCAAAAAAACAACAACAACUCUCCACUCAAAAAAACAACAACAACUCUCCACUCAAAAAAACAACAACAACUCUCCACUCAAAAAAACAACAACAACUCUCCACUCAAAAAAACAACAACAACUCUCCACUCAAAAAAACAACAACAACUCUCCACUCAAAAAAACAACAACAACUCUCCACUCAAAAAAACAACAACAACUCUCCACUCAAAAAAACAACAACAACUCUCCACUCAAAAAAACAACAACAACUCUCCACUCAAAAAAACAACAACAACUCUCCACUCAAAAAAACAACAACAACUCUCCACUCAAAAAAACAACAACAACUCUCCACUCAAAAAAACAACAACAACAACAACUCUCCACUCAAAAAAACAACAACAACAACAACUCUCCACUCAAAAAAACAACAACAACAACAACUCUCCACUCAAAAAAACAACAACAACAACAACUCUCCACUCAAAAAAACAACAACAACAACAACUCUCCACUCAAAAAAACAACAACAACAACAACUCUCCACUCAAAAAAACAACAACAACAACAACUCUCCACUCAAAAAAACAACAACAACAACAACUCUCCACUCAAAAAAACAACAACAACAACAACUCUCCACUCAAAAAAACAACAACAACAACAACUCUCCACUCAAAAAAACAACAACAACAACAACUCUCCACUCAAAAAAACAACAACAACAACAACUCUCCACUCAAAAAAACAACAACAACAACAACUCUCCACUCAAAAAAACAACAACAACAACAACUCUCCACUCAAAAAAACAACAACAACAACAACUCUCCACUCAAAAAAACAACAACAACAACAACUCUCCACUCAAAAAAACAACAACAACAACAACUCUCCACUCAAAAAAACAACAACAACAACAACUCUCCACUCAAAAAAACAACAACAACAACAACUCUCCACUCAAAAAAACAACAACAACAACAACUCUCCACUCAAAAAAACAACAACAACAACAACUCUCCACUCAAAAAAACAACAACAACAACAACUCUCCACUCAAAAAAACAACAACAACAACAACUCUCCACUCAAAAAAACAACAACAACAACAACUCUCCACUCAAAAAAACAACAACAACAACAACUCUCCACUCAAAAAAACAACAACAACAACAACUCUCCACUCAAAAAAACAACAACAACAACAACUCUCCACUCAAAAAAACAACAACAACAACAACUCUCCACUCAAAAAAACAACAACAACAACAACUCUCCACUCAAAAAAACAACAACAACAACAACUCUCCACUCAAAAAAACAACAACAACAACAACUCUCCACUCAAAAAAACAACAACAACAACAACUCUCCACUCAAAAAAACAACAACAACAACAACUCUCCACUCAAAAAAACAACAACAACAACAACUCUCCACUCAAAAAAACAACAACAACAACAACUCUCCACUCAAAAAAACAACAACAACAACAACUCUCCACUCAAAAAAACAACAACAACAACAACUCUCCACUCAAAAAAACAACAACAACAACAACUCUCCACUCAAAAAAACAACAACAACAACAACUCUCCACUCAAAAAAACAACAACAACAACUCUCCACUCAAAAAAACAACAACAACAACUCUCCACUCAAAAAAACAACAACAACAACUCUCCACUCAAAAAAACAACAACAACAACUCUCCACUCAAAAAAACAACAACAACAACUCUCCACUCAAAAAAACAACAACAACAACUCUCCACUCAAAAAAACAACAACAACAACUCUCCACUCAAAAAAACAACAACAACAACUCUCCACUCAAAAAAACAACAACAACAACUCUCCACUCAAAAAAACAACAACAACAACUCUCCACUCAAAAAAACAACAACAACAAAUCUCCACUCAAAAAAACAACAACAACAACAACUCUCCACUCAAAAAAACAACAACAACAACAACUCUCCACUCAAAAAAACAACAACAACAACAACUCUCCACUCAAAAAAACAACAACAACAACAACUCUCCACUCAAAAAAACAACAACAACAACAACUCUCCACUCAAAAAAACAACAACAACAACAACUCUCCACUCAAAAAAACAACAACAACAACAACUCUCCACUCAAAAAACAACAACAACAACUCUCCACUCAAAAAACAACAACAACAACUCUCCACUCAAAAAAAAACAACAACAACUCUCCACUCAAAAAAAAACAACAACAACUCUCCACUCAAAAAAAAACAACAACAACUCUCCACUCAAAAAAACAACUCCUCUCCUCCAAACAGUAACAACAACAGUUCAACGCAGUCACUUCGAUCUUUACAACGACAAUCACGGUGAGUGUGGCAACGGCGCAGUGCCGUAUCACGCGAAUGAACGCCACAACAGAUAA